GUUGAAAACAUAGACCAGAUGGAGUUACUUGUCUAGUGAAUUCUUUAAAAGUUUUGAGGUUAUAGCAAUUUUCUACAAGGACAACAUUAUCGUGAUAUAGCGUUGUUUAACCAGAAAAUCGUCCUUUCAUUUGGACGAAAGAUAGACUAUUAAAUUAAUUAUGUGAGCAAUUAAAGCUCACUGACUAAUUCUAUGUCGAUGAUAUGUCGGCUUCAAACAAUAUUAAAAUAAUGCAAGCAUACAGAUUGGCCUAUCUGGCCGUCUGACAAAUAUGAAUUUAUGGAAUAAUUUUAUAACUUUAAUAAUCGAUCAUGGUCAAGGAAAAACCAAAUUCAAUCCGUAUUUACGAUUCAGAAGGUUAUAGACGUAGAGCUGCAUGUAUCUGCGUUAAAAAUGAUCUUGAAGAUGAGGUACUUUUGGUUACAUCCAGUCGUAGACCUGAUAGUUGGAUAGUACCUGGUGGAGGUGUUGAACCGGAGGAAGAACCUGCAGUAACAGCAUUGCGAGAAGUUCGAGAAGAGGCUGGUGUUUUAGGACAAUUAGGCAGAUGUCUUGGUAUAUUUGAGAAUGUGGAACACAAACAUAGAACACAAGUAUGGGUUAUGAGAGUAACCGAAGAAUUGCCAGAAUGGGAAGAUUCACGCACUAUUGGUCGAAAACGAAAAUGGUUCUCUAUUCCAGAAGCCUUGCUUCAGCUUGCUCAGCACAAGCCCGUCCAACGUUCUUAUAUACACAGCCUCCACAAUACUAAUCCUCGACAUAAUCCUAAUAUUUCACCAUCUCACCAUUCACAUACCACUGUAACAUCUAUUCAAUUAAUGAAUAAUUCUAGUAACAAUCCUCAUUUAAACAAACAUAGCUAAUAUUAAAUACCAUCCAUUUGCGUGAACAAUUGCUAUUGUGUUAGAUAUUUGUUACUGCUCCUUUUCUUUCAUAUAGUUAUAACAAUUAAAAAAGUUAUAUUUUAUAUUUAAAAUGUA